CGAAAAGGUACUAGUCAGUCCAUCACUCGUAUGUUCCAAGAGCUGUCUCCUUUCAUUGCAUUGCCAUCCUUCAUUCAUACAGAACCAAACAAGGCCAAACAAGCUCCCCACAGAUAAACUUUCAUCUUUCGAUCUGCCACGAAAGAUUUGUCACGAAAGGCAGUAGAUAUGUACGGUGAUUAUCGAAAAGUUGAGCUCGGCCCAGAUGAAGUCGAAAGUGGCUCAGAAGGGUCCUUUGAGCGAGCUGAAUACAAUGAUGUCCUCAAGGCUCAAUCUCGUACAAGGAUUGCCAGAGUGUUGAAGAUGAUCAAGGUCUCAGUUGUCACCUUGCUAGCAAUCUGGGGUUUCAUCAACAUCUUCAACACCGUCGUCAGGAAGAUUCCUUUCUUGAAUCCUCCUGUUCAUCACGGAUGUUAUUGCGGGAAGUCUUCUACUGAAGCAAUCGCUAUGGGUUGCAAGUACGACUCUCUCGCUGCUGCAUGGUUGCCAGAGCAUUGUCGAGACGAUGAUUUGACUGCUGAGUUUGACCGUUCGGGAGAUGGACCUAACGGAACUUGGUUAUAUUGGAAAGACAAAGCGCGCACGAUCCCAAUUACUCCAGAAGAGAUUCAAUGGAUGGGAGACACACCAGAUGCCCGUUUCCACAUGGACUACAGCUGGCACGAGGUUCACUGCUUGUUUUACUGGAGAAAGGAACACCGUUUCCGUUUCAACGGCAAGAUCCUAGACCCUAGAUCCGAUUCAGAGGAACAUAUCCUGCACUGUGGAGAUGUAUGGGGUCGCAAAGUCCCUUAUGGUAUGGGCACCGUAUCUGGCGUUAGGUUUGACACGAACACGGAGAACUGACUUGAAGUCAGGUGAUCUCUCGGUUUAUCUAGAUUUGGAUAGCUUCUAUGGGGAAUUCGAAUUUGG